ACAGUCCAGCAAACAGCAGCACGCAGCUGAAAGGAAGACUCGGAGGAGAGAGAUAAGGAAGGAUAGUAGUGAUGGAUUUCAUCCCAAACUUGGCCGUUGAAACCUGGCUUCUCCUGGCUGUCAGCCUGGUGCUUCUGUAUCUAUAUGGAACUCAUUCACAUGGGCUUUUUAAGAAGCUUGGAAUUCCAGGACCCACACCUCUGCCCUUUUUGGGAACUGUUUUGUACUACCGUCAGGGCUUUUGGAAGUUUGACAUGGAAUGUUACAAGAAGUAUGGAAAAAUGUGGGGGAUUUAUGAUGGUCGACAGCCUGUGCUGGCUAUCACAGAUCCCAACAUAAUCAAAACAGUGCUAGUGAAAGAAUGUUAUUCUGUCUUCACUAACCGGAGGCCUUUCGGUCCGGUGGGAUUUAUGAAAAGUGCCAUCUCUAUAGCUCAGGAUGAUGAAUGGAAGAGAAUACGAUCAUUGCUAUCUCCAACCUUCACCAGUGGAAAACUCAAAGAGAUGGUCCCUAUCAUUGCCCAGUAUGGAGAGGUGUUGGUGAGAAACCUGAGGCGGGAAGCAGAGAAAGGCAAGCCCAUCAACAUGAAAGACAUCUUUGGGGCCUACAGCAUGGAUGUGAUCACUGGCACAUCAUUUGGAGUGAACAUCGACUCUCUCAACAAUCCACAAGACCCCUUUGUGGAAAGCACCAAGAAGCUUUUAAGAUUUGACUUUUUAGAUCCAUUCUUUCUCUCAAUAACAAUCUUUCCAUUCCUUACCCCAAUUCUUGAAGCAUUAAAUAUUUCCAUGUUUCCAAGAGAUUCUACAAGUUUUUUAAGAAAAUCUAUAAAAAGGAUAAAAGAAAGUCGCCUCAAAGAUACACAUAAGCACCGAGUGGAUUUCCUUCAGCUGAUGAUUGACUCCCAGAAUUCGAAAGAAACUGAGUCUGACAAAGCUCUGUCUGAUCUGGAGCUCGUGGCCCAAUCAAUUAUCUUCAUUUUUGCUGGCUAUGAAACCACCAGCAGUACUCUUUCCUUCAUUAUGUAUGAGCUGGCCACUCACCCUGAUGUCCAGCAGAAACUGCAGGAGGAAAUUGAUGCAGUUUUACCCAACAAGGCACCAGCCACCUAUGACACUGUGCUACAGAUGGAGUAUCUUGACAUGGUGGUGAAUGAAACACUCAGAUUAUUCCCACUUGCUAUGAGACUUGAGAGGGUCUGCAAAAAAGAUGUUGAAAUCAAUGGGGUGUUCAUUCCCAAAGGGGUAGUGGUGAUGAUUCCAAGCUAUGCUCUUCACUAUGACCCAAAGUACUGGACAGAGCCUGAGAAGUUCCUCCCUGAAAGGUUCAGUAAGAAUAACAAGGACAACAUAGAUCCUUACAUAUACACACCCUUUGGAACUGGACCCAGAAACUGCAUUGGCAUGAGGUUUGCUCUCAUGAACAUGAAACUUGCUCUAAUCAGAGUCCUUCAGAACUUCUCCUUCAAACCUUGUAAAGAAACACAGAUCCCCCUGAAAUUACGCUUAGGAGGACUUCUUCAAACAGAAAAACCCAUUGUUCUAAAGGUUGAGCCAAGGGAUGGGACUGUAAGUGGAGCCUGAAUUUCCCUAAGGACUGCUUUGCUCUUGAAGAAAGCUGUGCCUCAGAACAUCAGAGACCUCAAAUUACUUUCUGAAUAGAACUUUGAAA